AUGAGGUCAAGGAAGCUAAAUUUUGUAUCUAUUACUUUUGUUGUGGUUUUGUUAUGCCAAAGCGUGCAUUCUCAGCUUCAAAUAGGGUUUUAUAGAAAUUCAUGUAGCUUAGUCGAAUUAAUUGUCAAAGAUGUGGUCAGAGACAGCUUCAUUAGGGAUCAUGGAGUAGCUGCUGGUCUUGUAAAACUACACUUCAGUGACUGCUUUGUUAGAGGUUGUGAUGCAUCAGUGCUCAUUGAUUCCACUCCAUCAAACAAGGCAGAGAAAGAUUCUCCUGCAAAUAAUCACAGUCUACGAGGGUUUGCAGUCAUUGAUAAUGUCAAGGCUAAACUUGAAGACAUAUGCAAGGGAGUUGUUUCGUGCGCUGAUAUAGUUGCAUUUGCAGCAAGGGAUAGCGUAGAGAUAACUGGAGGGCUCGGCUACGAUGUUCCUUCUGGAAGAAGAGAUGGCAAAAUUUCUCUAGCUUCAGAUACAUUCACAAACUUACCUACCCCUUCUUUCAAUGUUGACCAACUCACUCAAAUCUUUGCUAAGAAGGGCUUCACACAAGAAGAAAUGGUUACGCUUUCUGGAGCACACACCAUUGGCCGCUCUCAUUGCACCUCUUUCAGCAACAGAUUGUACAAUUUCAAUGGAACCAAAGGUCAGGACCCAAGCUUAGAUUUCAUAUAUGCAUCUUGGUUGAAGAGGCUGUGUCCACAAGGCAACACAAAUCCUAAUUUGGUGGUUCCAAUGGAUCCUUCUAGCCCUGGCAGCACAGAUACAGGCUACUAUGUUAACGUUUUAGCUAACCGAGGGUUGUUCACAUCAGACCAAACACUCAUGACAAAUACAGUAACAGCAAACCAAGUGAAUCAAAGUAAGAGGAACCCCCUGCUUUGGAGGAGCAAAUUUGCUGCUGCAAUAGUGAAGAUGGGUCAACUUGAUGUCUUAACGGGUAAUGUUGGUGAGAUACGUUCAAAUUGCAGGGUGAUAAAUAGCUAG